AUGGCGGCCAUCAUCGGAAACUUGGCUUCGACUGUGCAAGUCUAUACAGUGGCUGCGCUGCCACAGCGCAUCACGGCUUGCAUAGCUCGCAACUCUCGCAAGUUGGCUUCUUGUCAAAGUUACAUGACGGAAGAGGACAUCAGUUUGGUGUUGACGACACUGAAUGAAUGUUGGAGCCUCCCUCUAUCAAAAAUGAAUGGUCGCCUCACGCAUUGGUGCGAAGCGGGGUGCUGCCGGGACGUGAAGGAAACUCGUUCGAAGGUCAAACGUUGUCUUGAGCUGCUGCUUUUGCAAGGCUUUGAAGUGCCUCUGUUGUAUAGAUGGAAGCAUGUGCAGCCAGCUGCAGAGUUCUGCUUGCGAGCGAUGCUGAUUCACGGGCUCUUGGAGCAUGCAUGGCGACUUUCACUUAGUGAGCAAUCCGACCCAUAUUCCGAGCCGGCGCAGGAACUUUUGAAUUACGACGAAGAUAAUGCAGACUUAUCACCGUCUGAGAAGCAGAAGGUCAGGGCCACGAAGGUGCUGCAACUGCUAUCGGGCCCAGACGCAGUGGCCAAUUUCGCGAAAGUCGUGCUACUGGUCAAACCACUGAGAACGUAUAUGGACGAAGUGUCAUUGGCUGAGACACUUCGGUUGCGCAUGCGGCUGCUUCGCCUGGGCAUUCUGCUGGACACGUCAAAGUGUGACCGAAAUCCUGAAAGCCUUGUGCGACUCAACCUCGCCAUUCUCACCGGUGACCGAGGCCUGCAAGUUUGUGCAGAUUUCAUGCAAUUCUUGAGAGCAGAUCCUGACGGAGAGGUGUGGCAUGGAGAAUUGCAGUUGUGUUACCGCGAGUGCGCACCGUUGCUUUUGAUGGGGAUGUGUGAUUCCUGGCGCCGGCUUCAUUUGGCUUAUGCUGGGCUGCCGUGGCAGUGCCUGAGAGUUGCAACAAUGGGCACCGAUGAUGGCAUUGAUUGUCUGAAGCGUCUUCGUAUCGAUGCUGGCAAUUGCUCAGCCUGCCAAGACCGCCUGUUCUUCCAGGUGGCUCGACUGGCAUGGAGGGUGCUUAUGCUGUGUGUUGAUAGUUGCCAAGGUUGUGUUUGA